AACAGAUGAACAUUGCCGAAUAAACAAAUAAUAUUCGACGAAUAAACCAAAACGUACAUGUAAAGGUCGAUAUGUUGAUUUAGAUAAGAAUCAAAAUAAAAAAGUUAUUAAUUAAUCCCAGCAAAUAUACUGAACCAAACAGAGCAUUAAUGUCCGCAGUUUGCCCUUUCAUGCAUGCAUGCUCAGAUACACGCACUGAAUUGACCAUGUUUGUGGCGUAGAGUAGGAAGUGGAAAAGCCGCUACACAUAGUAUUCCCACGUGGGUUCAUGUAAAAUUCGUUUGCCCGCAAUCCUAGAAUCUUAAUUCCUACUACGAUGGAGUGUGAAAACAAAGAUACAGAGAAUGGAUACAUACAGAUUUUAUGGUUUAUCUUCCGAUGAAGCGGCCAUUGACCACCAGAUACAGCCACUAUUCAACAAAAAUGGGACAGUUCUUCAACACCAAGAUUAUAGCCUUCUUUUCUGUCUUAAUUCUGCUAAUUCUUGAGGUAGAUAGAUUUGCUUCACAAACCAAAACUCUAGUGGGACACAAUUUGGAACCAACGCCAUGGCAUAUCUUCCCUCCCAAAUCAUUCGAUGAAGCAUCCAGAUACUCGAGGGCUUCAAAGAUUAUCCAGUGCUCUUAUCUCAGUUGUGGUCGAGCCACAGCUGCCGCGGCCAUCCCAAAAAAUAUACAACCCCAACUCAGUAAUAAUUGCCCAGAAUUUUUCAGCCACAUACAUCAGGACUUGGAGCCAUGGAUGAAAUCCAAGAUCUCGAUAGCACACAUAAAUGAGGCUCAAAAAUUUUCCUCCUUUCGGAUUGUGAUUGUCGGAGGGAAACUUUAUGCUGAUUUUUACUACGAUUGUGUGCAGAGUCGGGCAAUGUUUACAGUGUGGGGAUUGUUGCAGCUUCUCCGGCGGUAUCCUGGGAGGAUACCGGAUGUGGAUUUGAUGUUUGAUUGCAUGGACAAGCCUACGAUCAAUAGGACUGAACAUUCUUCUCAGCCAUUGCCGCUGUUCCGGUAUUGCACGACGCGCGAUCACUUUGAUAUUCCAUUUCCUGAUUGGUCUUUCUGGAGCUGGCCAGAAGUGAAUAUAGCACCAUGGAAUGAAGAAUUUGAGAGCAUUAAACAAGGCUCUCGUGAACGAAGUUGGGCGGAGAAGUGGCCUGUCGCAUACUGGAGAGGAAACCCGGAUGUUUUUUCUCCUGUUCGCUUGGAAUUACUCCAAUGCAACAACACUGAAAUGUGGGGUGCACAAAUAAUGCGUCAGGACUGGGGAAAAGCAAUAGAAAGUGGUUUUAAGGACUCUAAGUUAUCGAAGCAGUGUGACUAUCGGUACAAGAUCUAUGCUGAAGGAUAUGCUUGGUCAGUAAGCUUGAAAUACAUUUUAUCUUGUGGCUCUCUUCCUUUAAUAAUAACUCCAGAAUAUGAAGAUUUCUUUACAAGGGGUCUCAUUCCAAAGAAAAACUUCUUGCCUGUUCCUAAAACUGGGAUUUGCCCAGCUAUUAAAUCUUUCGUUGAUUGGGGCAAUAAGCAUUCAUCCCAGGCAGAAUCGAUUGGGAGAGCAGCGCAAGAUUUCAUGGGAAAUUUGAGCAUGGAUCGUGUCUAUGACUACAUGUAUCAUCUCAUUACAGAGUACUCGAAGCUGCAAGAUUUCAAGCCUGUUCGACCAUCCAAUGCUUUAGAAGUAUGUGUGGAUUCUGUCUUCUGCUUUGCCAAUGAAAACCAAAGGCAAUUUCUUGAAAGGUCAUUUGCCUUCCCCUCGUCAGCUCCACCAUGCUCACUUCUGCCACCUCCGUCGAUCUCAACAAGGCAGGGAGAGAAAAAAUAGGACUAUUUUUAGUAAAUAUUCAACUGAGAUUAGCUUAAAAUACAUAGAAUAGCCGAAGUAGUUGGAAGUUUUGAUUUCGUGUAUGUAGGCAUUUUUGGAGUACGUUGGCAAGCAGUUUUGGUCUAUGCUCUACACAAAAUUUUGACCAUUUUCUUUUUCAA